UACUUAUGAUCUUAAAGUAAUUAAUCGAAGAAAUAGACUAUUAUAUAAACCCGUCUCAUGGUCAGACCGUCAAGACAAGCUAAUGACUAAUAGAGGUAGAACAAAAAAAACCAAAUCCUAAAAUCCUUUUACUUCAACCCCAAAAGAAAAGUUAAUCGGUACAAAUCGAAAAUGUCCUCAAUUCUAUACUUUCUUCCUCACUCAUCAUCUUGUACACUCAAAUUCCAAUUAAUUAACAAAAUUUAUCCUCCAUUUUCUUUAUCAGAUUCUUCCUGUUUACUGAUCAAUUCUCUGAAAUUACCCACUGAAAAAACUAAUCAGAAAAAACUGAGCAAAAUCAAAUCUUGUUCAGAAUCACAAAGUAAAAAUCUCAGAACCUGCAAGAAUUGUAAAACCCAGUUCGACCCAGUUCAUAAUCAUCCUCUUGCUUGCCGAUUUCAUAUUGCCCAUUUUGGAGGGGAGACAAAGAGGAAGUUUGAGAGCGUAUACACAGGCGGUACGUUAGAUACCCCAAACUCGGGCCAAGUUUUCCAGUACUGGCAUUGUUGUGGAUCUGAAGACCCAUUCGACCAAGGAUGCACUUCAGCCCCACAUUCAUCCUACGAUGAUUGAUAGAUAACACUUGCCCGUUGAAAGAUCAAGUCGUUAAUUUUUCCCGUUUCUCUUCACAUUCAAUUUUCACUUAUUCAAAUGCGUAAAUCUCUUGUAUCAUAUAUUCAUAUGUUGCGUUUGAAGAACCAAAGGAAAUCAUAAACAAAGUCACAACAUUGUAUGCUGUGAAUUUUAAAACUCCAUUUUCAUUCCUA